CACUGCGCGCGCCGUGACGACAGCGACGGAUUAUUUUCUCGCUAUUCAAAAUGGCACCCUCUCAAUCAGGAAGUGGAGAAAACAACUAAGAAGAAUAAGUUGGAUAAAAAUUCCUUAUUUCUGUUUUCUUUGACGCGAGUGUUCGUUCAAAAUCAGCCAGUGUGCUCGGGGUUUGGGUUGAGAUCAAGUAACACAGUAACGGUCAUGGAGAGCCAUUGCCCGUGUUAGAAGAACUAUCUCAGACGCAGCCAGCACGUGGGUGGCAGUUUGAGGGUGCAUAGCCUAAGUCAGCUGGUGGUCAUGUGCGAAGCUGUGGUCUGAUGCCCAUCCUCCCCUCAGCGCUGGCCAUGGACGGGGAGAACUACCUGCAUCCAGAAGGCCCUCAGCUGGACAGCAGCUUGUUCUCUGUGGCCUCCUCUAACAUGGAGAGUUCAAUAUAUGCCUCCCCUGGUUCCUGGGGAUCCUUCUCUCAGCAGGCUGGAUACAGCAUACACUGCCCUAUGCAAUCUGGAAACCAAGGUCAGAUGAGGUGGAGGCUCCUAUGGAAGACAGAGAGGGCGAGGCAGGAAGAAGCAGCACUGAGUCACAGGCAAUACCACUUGAACAGCAGCACUACCACCACCACUCCGGAUGUCCCCAUGGACAUGUACUCGGGAUUCUCUGAUGUGGACUUUUCCAGCUUCAACCUUCCUAGGAAUGGCGAUUUCUCCCAGGACCUGUCCUGCAUUGAUGACCUCUCCACAAACUCUCUGUUCUCCUCUCCGGCUGACUCACUGUCGGAAUAUGCUGAUGGCCAGUCCUUCAUCAGCACAGACAACCUGGACACAGUGCCCACCCUCUGGGACGUCAACACUAGUACCACCACCACACCAGCACAGAGCCAGCUAGAGCUGAAUGGCACCAGCAGGUUUCAUGGCUUGGCCAGUUUGGAUGAUAUAACUGCUAUUAUCAGCAACCCACCUUUAGGAGGAUUUCAGCAGGCUCAGAGAACCCAGUCACCACCAGUAGAGGAAGAGGAUGCCGAAGAGGAGGAGACAGAGGAACUGGGACAUGUAGACACAUAUGCUGAGUACAGACCUUCCAAAUCCACUAUAGGAAUUUCUCAUCCUGACAUAGUGGUGGAGACCAACACGCUAUCCAGUGUCCCUCCUCCUGACAUCACAUACACUCUGUCUAUCCCCGAGUCAACUAUUAACAGUGGCCUGCUGUCUGCUCUGCAGCUAGAGGCCAUCAUCUACGCCUGCCAGCAACACGAGGUGAUCCUUCAGAACAACCAGAGAGCAGGCUUCCUGAUCGGAGAUGGGGCAGGGGUCGGAAAGGGACGCACUGUGGCGGGAAUCAUCCUGGAGAACUACCUUAAGGGAAGGAAGAAAGCACUAUGGUUCAGCAUAUCCAAUGACCUGAAAUUUGAUGCAGAGAGAGAUCUCAAAGACAUAGAUGCACCGAAUAUUCCUGUGCAUGCCUUAAACAAGAUAAAGUAUGGAGACACAGCUACCUCAGAAGGAGUCCUGUUUGCAACGUACUCUGCGCUGAUUGGAGAGAGCCAGGCAGGAGGCCAGCGCCGGACGAGAAUUAAACAGAUCCUGGACUGGUGCAAGCCAGACUUUGACGGAGUUAUUAUUUUUGAUGAAUGCCACAAAGCCAAGAAUGCCACAUCUACAAAGAUGGGCAAGGCAGUGCUUGAUCUGCAAAACAAGCUGCCGCGGGCCAGAGUGGUGUAUGCCAGUGCCACAGGUGCCUCUGAGCCAAAGAACAUGAUUUAUAUGAGCCGCCUGGGAAUCUGGGGUGAGGGCACGCCCUUCAGAACCUUUGAUGACUUCCUGCAUGCCAUCGAAAAGAGAGGUGUUGGUGCCAUGGAGAUUGUUGCUAUGGACAUGAAAGUGAGCGGGAUGUACAUUGCCAGGCAGCUGAGCUUCUCAGGUGUGUCAUUCCGCAUUGAAGAGAUCGGAUUGGACAGCGACUUCAAACUGGUCUACAACAAAGCUGCCAAACUGUGGGCGGAGGCGCUGCAAGUGUUCAUGCGUGCAGCUGACGAGCUGGGCCUGGUCAGCAGGAAGUCUCUGUGGGGGCAGUUCUGGUCAUCUCACCAGCGCUUUUUCAAAUACCUCUGUAUCGCUGCCAAGGUCCGCUGCCUGGUGGAGCUGGCCCAGAAAGAGCUGGAGGCCGGAAAGUGCAUCGUAAUUGGCCUGCAGUCUACAGGAGAGUCCCGCACCAGAGAAGUCCUGGAUGAGAAUGACGGACAUCUUGACAGAUUUGUAUCUGCAGCAGAGGGAGUAUUCCAGUCUCUCGUAACAAAACAUUUCCCUUCAGAGAAACAGAGAAGAGAGAAGGCACCAGGGAAUAAGAGAAAACGGAAACCUCGAGGUCGCCAGACCAAGGUACCCAAGCACACAGUGGACAGCGGUGGUGUGAUCAACAUCAGUGAUGACACCAGUAGUGACUCCGAUGGCAUGGACACCGACUCCAACUCCUCGCCAGACUCCCUGCUAGACAACGACGAUGUCAUCUUUGUGAACCAAACUAGCUGUCAGACAGCCAGGAUAGAGGAGAUGAAGCAGGGACUCCUCAACAAAAUAUCCGAGCUGGGAAAAGAACUACCUCUCAAUACCUUGGACGAGCUCAUCGAUCAGUUUGGAGGACCAGAUAAAGUCUCAGAGAUGACUGGUCGUAAAGGUCGUGUGGUGCGGCGUCUUGAUGGCAGCGUCCGCUAUGAGUCACGGGCUGAGCAGGGUCUUACCAUCGACCACAUCAACCUCAAGGAGAAAGACCGCUUCAUGAGCGGAGAGAAGUUGGUGGCCAUCAUCUCAGAGGCAGCCAGCUCCGGGAUUUCCCUUCAGGCGGACAAGCGAGUGAAAAACCAGAGGCGCAGGGUCCACAUGACCCUGGAGCUGCCUUGGAGUGCAGACAGAGCCAUUCAGCAGUUUGGUCGUACCCAUCGGUCCAAUCAGGUGACGGCCCCAGAGUACAUCUUCCUCAUCUCGGAGUUAGCUGGGGAGAGACGUUUCGCCUCCAUAGUGGCUAAAAGACUAGAGAGCUUGGGUGCAUUAACCCAUGGAGACAGAAGAGCCACUGAAUCCAGAGACCUGAGCAAGUACAAUUUCGAGAACAAGUACGGUACCAAGGCUCUGGAUAAAAUCACCAAAGCAAUUCUUGGCCACAUAGAUAACAAGGUGCCCCCUCCCAAAACUUACCCUGGGGGUGAAGCCAUGUUCUUCAGAGAUAUGAAACAUGGAAUGAUGGACGUGGGCAUCUUUUGUAGGGAGCCUCGCUUUGGGAUCAAUACUGAGAAAGACUGCAGCAUCACCAAGUUCCUAAAUCGCAUCCUGGGCCUGGAGGUUCACAAGCAAAACCAUCUCUUCCAGUACUUCACUGACAAUUUUGACUACCUGAUCGAGAAGGACAAGAAGGAGGGCAAAUAUGACAUGGGAAUCCUAGACCUUGCCCCAGGUAACGAUGAGAUCUAUGAAGAGAAGCAGGAAACUUUCUUGACAGUCGGAAACCCUCAGGACGGACAAGUUGUUCUCUAUAAGAUCAGUGUGGACAGAGGUAUGCCCUGGGAUGAGGCCUACAACAGGUCACUGAAGCUCAGCGGUUCUGAAGAGGGAUUCUACCUGUCUUUGAAGCUGCGAGGUAACCACCCAUGUGUGCUGCUAGCUGAACAAGGACGAGGCAAGAACUUCAUUGUCUACAAGCCCAACAUCGGCAAGCAGACCCACCCUGAGAGCCUCGACAACCUGCAGCAACGUUACCGGAAGGUGACUCCAGAGGACGCCAAGGACGUCUGGGAGAACCAGUUCAACUUCUCCUUCAAGAAGUGUAGCCAUGCCAACUGGAAUGGAAAGUGUAAGAUAAUCGAGGAAGGUCAGGUGUGUCUGCAGGGCAUGCGCCUCCGUCAGUACCACAUGUUGUGUGGUGCUCUGUUGCGCGUGUGGAAGCGCGUAUCUGAUGUGGUGUCCGACAUCACCAGCUCCAGCAUCCUGCAGAUUGUUCGCCUUAAAACCAAGCAGCAUAACAAGCAAGUCGGUAUCAAGAUCCCAGAGAACUGCGUGGCCCGCGUGCGCGACGAGCUGUUGCAAAUGGACGAUGAGGUGAAGAGGAGGCGCAAGGAGAAGGAGAAGCAGGCCGUGGAGCAACGGCAGGCUGAGGAGCACAGGCGUAAAAUGGAGCAGGAGAACAAACACCUCCUGGAAAAUCUGUUCAGCCAGAAACCCAUGCUCAACCAGUCCCUCAUUCUCGCCCAGAGCCAGAUCCUCAAACAGAAACAUAACCAAAACCCUCUGCCAAGGACGCAACCUGCGAAUAUAUCUCAGCUACUGAGAAUGCAAGCCCAGUCCACUUUACAGCAGCCCUCCCAGAAUAUAAUGUUGUCCUUACAGAGAAAUCCCAGCCAAACCCAGCAAAGGACUCAUAACAGCUGGCCCAACAAUUCCACCAACAACAACAACAACCAGGGCCGUCUGCCCAACACGGUCAACCCCAACCCCAAUUUCACCCAGUUUUACCCCCAGUCCUUCUUACCCUCUAUUCCACAACUAAAGAACCAGUCUCUUCCACUCCAUCAGACCGCGCUGUCUCCCAACAUGUCUUCCAAGAAUCCCCUGGAUGAUAUCUUGGAUCUGACUGUGGGCUCACCGUCCUCUUCCCCAGACACCACAGAGGGCGGGCUGAAUCUGGACACACAUCUGACACACGCAGUGUUCGGAGAUGACUUAAAUCUCGAGUCUCUGAUCCCUCAGAAUGCACCGAAUACCCAGCAUGCUGCACAAAUACAGCAGCCUCUUUUGCUACAACAGCAACAGCAGCAGCAGCAGCAGCAGCAGCAGCAGCAGCAGCAGCAACAUCUGCAGGCCACACAGCAGCAGAACCACAGCUUGAUGGCCAAUAACCACCAAGACAUACUAGAUUUAUUGAACUUUGCCUCUGUCCCCCCAGAUACCCAUACAGAAAGCCCCUCAUCCUCUACCUCCUCCGGCUCUUCCUCCACGUCCUCCUCCUCUUCUGUGACAAACAACCUGGUCCCUCACGCCUCCCCCAGCCUCCUGCCAGCACCUACACUCGUCCCACCAUCAUCGUCUUCCUCUCUCUUCUCCAGCCCGUCCCCCUCCUCUUCUCUGUUCUCCAAUUCUUCCUCUCACUUCCCCUCCAACUAUCUCCUCUCCCAAUCAGACUCUCUUUCCUUACCCAACGGCCACUGCAGUUCCGGCGCUCUUGACGUCCGCGAGGCUCUGAACAGCAUGCUACAGGCCGGACCAGACCGCAAGUCUGUCAUUCACUACCGGCAACAAGACUAAGACCUUUGAACAGCAACAGCUCAUCCGGAAUUUUUGUUUUCCUUUAGGUAUUUUUCGUUUUGUCUUUUAAAGCAGAUCGUGUGUCGUUGGCUGCUGUCUAUGAUCGCACCCUCGGACCUACUCCCUCUCCCCUCAGGGCCUAUAGUCACGUCACUGCCUGUCCUGCGCUCGGCUCACCUUUUUCUCUGUCCACCUGUAGCGUUCAACCCGCUCGAGGCUGUUAAGGUGAUAGCGGGCUCGAUCAAUAUCAGAUUUCUGCACCAAAGUGUGUCCUCCACAGUGAAAGGCAGCUGUUUAAAAAAGGAAAAAAGAAAAAAAAAAAAAAAAAAAAAAAAAAAGGCAAAAAAACCCCAUUAUAACUGUAUUUUAUUCAUUCGACCUGUCAAAAAAACAAAACAAAAAAAAAGCUCAUUCAUCGAGGAAAUCCUUGUGUUAGAACAAACCUCCGGCUGCUGACUUUACGAGGUAUGAUUGGUGAAGUUGCUGGAAGCUCUAAAUGCCUUUCACCAGUUAAAACCACAUCUUUUAGACUUUUUGCUUUACCGUUACUUCGCUUCAUGGCCGUCUGUCUUGAGAAUUACAAGGCUGUAUGCAAGGCUUGGUUUGAGUGAAACAAAAGAUAGUGCUGAACUGGAAGACAAGAGAAAAAAAAUCACCUUUUUAGCUGGUUAGCCAUGAAAUGCCUCAGUUUUCAUUUCUUCUACAUGCUCCCUCUUGUUUCUCUCCCUGCUUGUAUGAACACUAGUGUGAGGAAAAAGGGAGAGGAAGAGCAGUCUGCUGUUGCAAACAGUGCCUUUGGAGAAAUCUAUAAAUGCAGUCUUUAAAAAUCAAUGUAGCCUAAUGUAUAGAUUUGUACUCUUGAGCGUUGGAUUUCAUUUUAAUUUAAUAUGGUAUAUUUGUAUUUAACUUUUAGCCCCCUCAGUCAGUCAGUUGUCGUUGGUGUUACACUAUGUUGGUGGUGUGUUUCAGGAAGAAGCCUCCAUUAAGCCUGUAUGUGCUCGUAUGAUUGUCUGUGGAGCCAGACUUGUCCUUUAUCUGUGUCCUCCUGUCUGUCCCUGGUGAAAAGGCGAUGUGCAAGGGUCAGUAUGACAUGGAUUAUUGAGCAGCAUGGAUUAAAAAAAAAAUGUCCAAAAAUAUAUCUCACCCUCCCCCCCCUUUUUCCUUUUUUUAGAGCUGACGAUAACAUUUAGUGAUGUGACUCCUGGUUUGAUUUGAUUUUAAAUUUCUCAGGAAAGUCUCGAUUGCGUAGUUGUUUUUGUGUCAUUUUGACCAACAUGGAUAUAAAAAUAUUUGUUUUCAGUCAUUAAUUACAGUGGAUAACAAGGUAUUAAAAAAUGUUCCAGUUUUUAUUGUCUUGAGUCUGAAAAGCAAAAUCCUGCUGUUUUUAAACUAAAAUCUUGCUUUGAUAAUAGCAGUAACUUUUGAACGCUGGGUACAAGAAGAGUUCAGAAUUGAACAAAUGUCAGAUUGAAUGUUUUCAUUUCAGGCGUCAAGGCUAUAAAAACAUCUGAAACGUGCAGAUUUGUAAUAUUCACUGUGUAUGAUGAUACAUCUUUUAAAACCUGUAAGAUCUGGCCAUCUUUGUGUGAAAACAAUGCACUGUAGUUCAUUCAUGACAAAACGCCGGGAUAAGUUCAAGUGAUCAAAAAGCAAUAAAACCGUAUUCUAUUUGUUAUGAAACACAAAUGCCUAAGUACUGUUUACGCUCAACAGGCAAAGCUUUGUGGUUACCUUUGCAUGGUAUGAAUCUUCUUAUUUCUGUUGUGCUUCAUAGUUUAGUUAAUCAGAUUCUGAAAUGCAUAAACCUUUGUAUAGUAAGUUUUCACGAGAUGAACGCGAUGCGUUCUUGAUGUUUUAGUCAGUUGUUAUAAAAAUUAUUGUUAUUUAUAUUUAAGGGAUAUUUAGAUUUUAGAUAUGUUAUCCUGCUUAUUAUUGGAAUAGUUAAUGAAAUGUUUGGUCAGGGAAGUUUCUAGUUUUCAAGAUUACUAUAAGACAAAUUCUAUUAAAACCUGCCACCAAAUAAGAUUGCACUGUUCUGUACUGCUGUACAGUGUCUGGAUUCAUUUCUGCUCAUUUCAGUUUUGCUUUCCUCAAGUAGAAUUGUUUCUCCAACUUGUAGACCUUUGUCAGGCCUUGAGUUUGCAGAGAGAUACCAAAGUAUUCCACAGACACCCCUAAAGUUACUUGUUCUAUAAUAUCAGAUCUUUUAUCAAUCUCAGGAAGAAACCUACAAAAGGUGUAACGGUGGGGCGUUAGCAGAAAUAUAUCAUUUCCCCUUAUAACAGUGGUGAAACUAACCAGUACAUGUCCUAUGUUUUUCUUAACUCUGUGCUGUGAUUCUUGCUGUAUUUAUGUUCUAGACUUAAUGUGAUGGGUUUGUCGUUUUGUCCUUGUGAAAAUGUCAGUGAUUCUAAAUGUUUAUGCCUUCUUAGGGCAAAGAUCAAAGUUUGUUUCUUUUUAAGGAACAUUAUUUUCUGUGGACAGUUUUAUUUUUAUUUGUGUUGCAGUUGUUGGACGUGUAAUUCAUGUUAAAGCUGACAGAUAUUUUUUGAGUCAAUUCGCACCUGGAUUAAUACUGAAAUGUGCAAUUGAUCUGUCCAAGCCUUCAGCCUCCCUCAGUGCAACAUGUUUUGGAUCAGACUGACUUGCUCACAGUAUCUCUGAAUUCUUGUUCUUGCAUCACUUUUUAUUCGUAGCAUCUGAUUAUAGCAUGUGUUCUUUGUACCCUCAAUAGUUUUGCUUUUAAUAUUCCUCAUCAGGCACAUUCCCAGACAUCACAGUCUACAAAAGAUUUGCCUUCAAUUUCUGUUUUAUAGCCACGCAAAUAAAGCUUUAUGCAUUUGAGGGAUAUGGACCGCAUUUGUAGGAAAAAAAGCGUUUUUCUUUUAAAGAAUCCUUCACUAGUAUAGUUAGGCAUUUUAUCAUUUUAUUAUCAUUUUGCACUAAGAAUGGCAUAAUCAAGUUACUGUUCUCUGUUGGUUAUGAUUGAGCGUUGCAAGCUUGUUGUGUUUCUGAUGAUCUAUGAUGGAUUGCUCCGUGUAUACUGUAACCAUCUUUCUCGUUUCUCCACCGUUUGCAUAUUCUAUAAAUGUUAUCACUCUCAAAUAAUUUAUUGCUAACAAAAAAAUGAAACAAAAAACAUGCUACUGAUUGUAUGUAUUUUUAAAACAAAGCCUAUUUUUUCUGUAAAAAAAAAAGAAAAAAAAAGAAACUGUGUUCAGCACUUUUAUUCUGGGUUGUGCUUUUGUUUUCUAUAUAUUUAUAAUUUAGAUCCAAAUGUAUAUAUUGUAAAAUUUGUGCCUUUUGACUAAUUCUUUAAAAAGGUUUUCUACUCAUUAAAGGAAGGACUAUAUGAACUUGCAAUCUUAACUUUGUAAACAAAUAAAAACUUGAAGAUUGCUGAAA